AAUAAGCGUCCAUAGGUAUGUCAUGUGACCUGUCAUGUGGUCAACCAUAUAAAAUGAAAAUAGAGGCGUGUGGGCGUUUUCUGCAAAUUAAAUAGAUUACCAGCAGAUUCUAGGAGAAGAAUCAACAAUCAUGGCACAUGCGACAGUUACGAUCAGGGAACUGAAGAAUAAAGAAACAGGAAUUGAUUUAUCAGUGACCUCUUACAAGGAGACAAAGGCAAUGCUGGGAUCUACCUACGAAUACCAAGUAAUGGUUGUAUCAAACUUGUCAUACUUCAAGACUGCAAAACACAAAGAGACUGAUAAUGUUCAGUUCACAGUUAUGAAAAAGCUUGGUGAGUUUGAAGAAAUAUAUAAUAAGUUCAACACAAAGUACAGUGGGACAGCAUUUCCGCAGCUUCCAAAGAAAGUGCUAAUGAUGAACGAAAGUAUUGCCAAGGAACGGAGAAAUAAUCUUGACCACUUUAUGAGAUAUCUAGCUUCAACACCUAAACUCUCUACAGAUGCAAUACUUCUGGAAUUUCUAGGGGUGAGUGCUAUGAAAGCUGGAAAGUUAAAGAAGAUUGAAGUGUCCGAGUCCAGUGUUAACAAGGGUGAUAACUCUGCAGAACAAACAGAUAAGGUGGAAACUGAAGAAGAGACAAACACGGAAAGCAGUGACAAAGACGUAAACUUAUUUGAUGAUGAAGAUGAUGAUAAUCAAGAUGAUGAUGAUGACAAUGAUUUAUUUACUGCUGAAGAUGUUUCAGCUGACACAAAAGGGGAUCUGAAGAUCUUUGAAGAACCUGAUUUAAGUGGAGCAAUGGAGGAAGGUGAAGGUGAAGACUUGUUUAUAACUGGGUCAAGGUCAGAUGUCAAGGUCACACCUGCAGUAUCAGGGGAAUAUAGGGAAGAAAACACAGAUGACCUUUUCAGUGUGGAUGAUGAUUUAGAAAAAAUCAUGACAAUGAAAAUAAAAACUGAAGAUGAUAAAUCAGUGGAACAAGAUGUUGAUCAAUCUUUACCCGAGGUAGAGGUGAAAGAAAAUAAAGACAUUACAUCAAAACCGAAGCCUGUUCCAAGGGCAAAACCACCUAUCCCAAAGCGAAGGGAUCGGGCGGAAUCUGAUGAAAGUGUAAAACCUUCAGUUAGUGAGUUUGACAGUGUCACUGUAGAAACAGACAAAAUAGUUGAUAGUUCAGUGAAGGACAAAGCUAAACCUAAACCGGCUUUGAGAAAAAAGCCUGACAUUGCAAGUAAACCUGGGUUGAAACCGAAGCCAGGACUUAAACCUAAACCAGUGCCAGUAUCUACAAAACCCACUACCAGUGCUGUAAGUGAUUCUGCAGAUAAAACAGCUGAGAGUGACAAAGCUACAAGUGCAGUUGAAGAUAUCACGGAAGAUGAUAUAAUGAAAUAUAUUCAAGAAAAUACACAAAGUUCUGAUGAUUUAGACCUUUUUUCAUAGUUUUCUUUCAAGACACUGUGUUAUUUAAGAAAGGAAAAAACACUGGCACAGGUACUUUGUGGUAAAAUAACUCAAGUGCUUUGUGGUAUAAUAAUAACUAUGUGACAUCAAUUGAAUUGGCUUAUGGAUAUUUUCGUUUUGAAAUUUUACACCGUUCAAAAGUUAUAGAAAUGUUUGUCUUUACACACCCGAAAACCUCAUAGAAUUGUCUUUUUAUGUUUAGCUGUUGUAAGUAUUAAUCUUUUAACUGUAAUUACCGAGCAGAUUGUUAGGUUUAUAUAAAAAUCUGUGUCUCCUGUUCGACUCUAUUUGACUUUAUUAUGGACAAAUUUUAGAAAAAAUGUUCUACACCAUGACAUCCUGUUUAAAGUAUAGGAACAAAAAACUAGUGAGAAUUUAUUUAUUAAUUGUUUAUUUCUUGAUACCAGUUUAAGACCUCAGCUUUCUUGCAAUAUGUAAAUUAUGUAUCAUGACAUUAUUCAUAAAAAACAAACUGAGUUAGGCAUUAUAUUAGACAUUUGUUUCAAACUUUGCUAUUGGCAUUAUGAAUUAAUGAUAUUUUAAUCAUAACAUUUUUCUUUUCAAUGGUAAAUCUUUUGUGCCUACAAAAAUCUUUUUUGGGGGGUGCACUAAGAGUUGCCCUUGUCCAUCUGUCCUUCCAUCUAUCCAUCCAAAUUUGUGUCAUGCAAGUCUUUAACAGUAUUUGACCUAGGAUUGUUAUUCGGCGGCAUAAGAAAUUGUGCACCUGGUAUAUCAGUUGGGAUCUCACACAGUCAGACCAGAGUUAUGGCCCUUGACUUAGUCAAAAAUAUGCAUAAAAGGUCCUAAAAGAUUGUGUCGCAUGUAUUUCUACAAGUAUUUGACCUAAGAUUAUGAAACAUUAUAGGAAUAUUAUUUAGCAUAUGAAAUUGUGCACCUGGCGUUUAUUAGAGAUUCAUUUAGCCACACCAGAAUUAUGACUUUUGACUUAGUCAAAAGUAUGCAUAAAAGGACACAAAAGUUUGUGUUGCAGUAUCUUAAAACAUACUGGAUCUAGGAUCAUAAAACAUAAAUAUUAUUCAGCAAGUGAAGCUGUGCACCUGGGGUUUUGUUGGGGAUUUCUCUUUGUCAGACCAGAGUUAUGGCCCUUAAUUGUAAAAAGUAUGCAUAUAUGUUGUGCAAGUUUGUGUUGCAUGUAUCUCAAAAAGUAUUUGAUUUUGAGUCAUAAAACAUUAGAGGAUUGUUACACAGUAUAUGAAGUUGUGCACCUAGUAUACUGUUUGGGAUUUCACUCAGCCAGACCAGAGUUGUGGUCCUUUACUUAGUGAAGAAUACAAAGUGUUUAAAAGUUUUGUUGCACUUUCUUAUCAAAUAUUUGACCUACAGUCUUGAAACCAAGUAGGAAUAUUAUUCAGCAUGUGAGUUUGUGCACCUGAGUUUUAGAGGAUUAUUAUAUAGUAUGUGAAAUUGUUCAUCUGGUUUUCUGUUUGGGAUUUCACUCAGUUAGACCAGAGUUAUGGUCCUUGACUUAGUGAAAAAUACACAUAAAGUGCCUAAAUGUUCGUGUUGCAUAUAUCUUAUUACAAUUUCACCUAGAGUCAUAAAACCAUGUACAGUGACAGGAAGUGUAUAGGGGCACCUGUUGGACACACUUCUAGUAUUUUAUCUGUACAAAAUCUGUAGAUUUUCUGGACAAGACAUUCAUUUAAAGUGGAAUGUUUAAUAUAUAAACCAACCUUGCUAUGUGAUAGAAGGUAAAUAGGCUUUUACUUAUAACAUUAUUUUAUAUCACUAUGUCAUAUCACAAUAUGAUUGUGUUUUAUUUCAAUAUCUAUUAUUUACUACGACAUAUUCUAUUUGUGCCAAAUAUAAACUGUCAAGAAUAAAAUUCUUAAUAGCAGCGUUUUAUAACAUGUACCUCAUAAUUGAUACAUAUUAAUGAUACACCUGUCUCAUUUAUAUUAGAAAUAUAUUAAUCAGAAUUAAAACAUAUGUAGCGUU